AUCGUCUCUAGGAUUGGUCCAUAAUGAGCAUAGGUAUGACAUAUCAGCUGUCCUCGAUUGGACUCCCCACCUGCAGAUAUCCGUGAUUUUCGUAGCUAGACCCGCGAAAAAGCAAAGUGAUAGUAAUGUGGCUACUUAGUUCUCAGGCAGUACUGCUCAGGGAGCUUGUUAUGUGCUGCCUUCACACAGUAAGUAUAUUGCGGUGAGAUGAGGGAGUGAGGGAGUGAGGGAGGGAGGGAGCUGUGCUCGCAGCCCAAUGCUUUAAAACCCGAGCUACCGCACUGCCGGCCGUCUUUAUCCAAAUCCUUCUCACUAGCAAACUGGUGAUUCUACACGUCAAGAAGUGAUCAUGUCUCAGCCAAUUCCUCAGCCACCGGGUCUGCCUCUGCUAGGCAAUAUCAAAGAUGUCGACCCAAACAACACAUGGUGGUCCCUGAAGACUCUAUCCGAAAAAUACGGAGAGAUCUUCCAGAUCAAGGUGUUAGGCAAGACUCUCGUCUUCGUGGCAGGUGCAGCGUUGGCCGAAGAGCUGUGCGAUGAAAAGCGAUUCAGGAAGUUCGUGGGUGGUCCCAUUGUCGAGAUCCGAUAUACAGUACACGAUGCGCUCUUUACAGCCUACGACAACGAAGCCUCCUGGGGUAUUGCUCAUCGCAUCAUAGCGCCUAAGCUAACGCCUACUGCGCUUACCGACAACUUCAACGAGAUGCGAGACAUAACGAGUGAAUUUUUAGAGAAAUGGAAGGGUUUAGGAGCCAACAACAAGAUUGCUCCUCUCGGAGAGCUGAACCGACUUAACCUCGAGCUUACCACGGCCACUCUUUUCGGCAAACGACUCAACUGCCUCACGGGUCCCGAACAUCCUGUCCUUAGAGCCAUGGAAGACGCGACAUCUGAGGCUAUCAAGCGACCUACUCGACCGGGUAUCCUAAACUGGCUGUUCUACGGUGGCAAGUUGAAAUCGGCUACCAAGACACUGCGAUCAUGGGCGGCCGAAUUGGUACAACACCGCAAAGACAACCCCACGGACAGGCAGGAUGUACUCAAUGCGAUGCUCACGGCUAAAGACCCGGAGACAGGCAAGGGCUUGACGGACUCUGAGGUCGUUGAUGAAAUCGUCAGCAUGCCCAUCGGCAGUAGCACGGCACCUUGUCUCCUUAGCGCCAGCAUCCUCUUCCUCUUGCAGAACCCCGAGGUUGUGACCAAGGCACGCCAGGAGUUGGACGCUGUCAUUGGCGAUGGCGAUUUCCAGUAUGAGCACUUGGAGCAGCUCAAGUACAUCGAGGGCGUGAUGCGUGAGUCGCUCCGUCUGUCGUUCGCGGCGCCCGGCUUCAACAUUGAGCCGAUCCCCAAGAAGGACGACAAGAGCCCCGUGCUCCUUGGAGGUGGAAAGUACCAGAUCGCUCACAACCAGGCUGUCAUCAUCGUGCUCGCGGGCGUUAACCGCGACCCCGAGGUAUUCGAGGAGCCGUUGGCGUUCAAGCCUGAGCGCAUGAUGGGCGAGUCAUUCGAGAAGCUGCCGGCAGGGGUUAAGAAAUGGUUCGGCAACGGCAAGAGACACUGCAUCGGCAUGCACUGGGCAGACCAGUUCAACAUGGUCGUUUUGGCCAAGAUGAUCAAGGAGAUUGACUUUGAGGCAGUGAAUGCGGCAUACAAGCUCGAACAAGAUGGGUGGUUCAACGUCAGACCCAUCGGCUUCGAGGCCAAGGUGAAGCCGAGAGCGGUUUGAAGGACUGGCCUUGCGGACAUGUGCAAGCGUGGUAGUGACGGUUUGUGUUGGGAUUGGGUUUGAAGCUUUCCGUCUGUCGUCUUGAUACC